AUGGCCGCGCAGUCGAAGCCCGUCAAUCUUGCCCCAUGGGGCCGCGCCGUCGCAGGCGCUUCAGGUGCUGUUCUGGCGAAUGCUCUUGUCUACCCUCUCGACAUACUACAAGUACAGGUUAAAGCACGGCCAACCAAGGAAACAGGAAAUGUACCCGACGCCGCCGCCGGAGCCGCCGAGCCGCAUUACAGUUCAACAUGGGAUGCCCUUUCAAAGAUUGCUGCAGAAGAUGGCAUUCAAGGCCUGUACGCAGGCAUGAGCGGGUCACUUCUUGGUGUGGGUUCCCCGAACUUUGCCUACUUCUACUGGUAUUCCAUCGUUCGAACAUUCUAUAUCAAAUCAGCCAAAACAACAGCUCCUCCUUCUACCAUCACCGAACUUGCGCUGGGUGCGGUCGCUGGUGCUGUGGCCCAGCUUUGCACAAUACCGGUUGCAGUGGUCACCACAAGACAGCAAACCCAACGCAAGGGCGAACGAAAGGGUUUCUGGGAGACAGGACGAGAAGUUGUCGAGGGCAGUGAUGGCGUCUUCGGCCUGUGGAGGGGCCUCAAGGCUAGCUUGGUGUUGGUAGUGAACCCUGCCAUCACCUAUGGGGCUUAUGAGAGGCUGAAAGAGGUCAUAUUCCCUGGGAAAAGCAGUCUUAAGCCGUGGGAAGCUUUCUUGCUCGGAGCCAUGUCUAAGUCGCUUGCAACAUUGGCUACGCAACCUCUAAUUGUUGCCAAGGUCGGGUUACAAUCUCGUCCACCCCCGGAAAGACAGGGAAAGCCAUUCAGCAGCUUCAUUGAGGUGAUGCAAUUCAUCCUGGAGCGAGAAGGGCCACUUGGUCUGUUCAAGGGCAUUGCGCCUCAGAUACUGAAGGGACUGCUCGUGCAGGGGAUUCUCAUGAUGACCAAGGAACGCAUGGAGUUGAUGUUUGUCUUGUUUUUGCGUUAUCUCAAGACAAUGCGUGCAAAGCAACUCGAAAAGAUCUCACAAAGCGGAGGGCUACUGCAACAGGUUUCGCAAGUCAAGCCUCUGGUUUCCCGAUGAGCAAAUGCCAGCAUGCGCGAAGAAUUGCGGAUUGCGAGGAUAUUGGUUGUGAACACAUACGUAGCUCUGUAAGAUCUGUUCCAUCAAUUAAGCA